CGCAGCGCUGUGCUCCCGUCCCGCAACAAAUCCCAGGCCCAAGCAGAGCAGAGGAAAGAAGAGGACGCCGAGGAGGCGACGACCCGGAGGAGGACCCCAAGGCGGCGGAGCCCACCAAGCGGGAGGAUCGGCCUCGGCCAUGUCCGCGCCCGCGCCCUCCCCGCCCCCCGGCGCGCCGCCCUCCCCGCCGACGCCGCCGCCACCGGAGCGCGGGGUGUUCUACUGCGACGAGUGCGGGAGUGCGCUGCCCACCGCGCCCUCCUCGCCGCAUCGCGUCUGCCAGUGCUGCUACCGCGGCUUCCUCGAGGGGAACCCUCCUCCUCCACCACCGCCGCCGCCGCCACCCCCACCGCCGGAGCCCGUGCUGUUCUACUGCUACGAGUGCGGGAGGACGGUCGACCUGCACAUGCCGCUGCCCGUCCCGCCCUCCUCGCCGCACCGCGUCUGCCCGGGCUGCUCCCGCGGCUUCCUCGAGGAGAACCCUCCACCUCCAUCUUCCCCGCCGCCCCCGCCCGGCUCCGGCUCCGGCUCCUCCUCCUCCUCCUCCGAGCUCUCCGACGACCCCGAAGACGACGACGUCGACCUCCUCGGCGCGGACUACGACGCCGGGCGCGAAUUCAUCAGGAGCUUCGUCAACCAGGGCUCCCACGACGUGCCCCUCCGCAACUACACCGCGGCCGCCACCAUGUCCGCGCUCCGGCACCACCCCCCCCGCCGCGGCCUGAGGUACGCCUUCAACGACAUAAUCCAGAGGCAUCUCGACCUCCCCCCGGCCCCCGCCGCCGCCAGGGGCGGGGAGCCCCCCGCCCCGGCCACGUCCAUCGCCGCGCUGCCCACGGUCGAGGUGGCCGAGCCCGCCGCCGCCUGCGCCAUCUGCAAGGAGGACCUGCCCCUCGCCUCCCAGGCGCGGAAGCUCCCCUGCGCCCACCUCUACCACUCCUCCUGCAUCGUCACGUGGCUCGAGUUGCACAACUCCUGCCCCGUCUGCCGCUUCCGCAUCCCCUCCGCCGCCGGCCCCGAGGAGGCCGUGGCGCCGUCGGAGCCGGACUCGCCGACCACGCGGAUCACCAUCCGCUUUACUACCAGCACCCGCCGUCGCAGCCGCGUCCUCUACGGUGAUGCGGCGGUGGUUGUUCCGGUCUCGGCGUCGCCCACGCAGCUCGCGCAGGCUGUCACCGGGGACGGAGCUGGUGGGCCUGCCAAUAGCGGCGAGACCGUGUCGUCUGAGUGGCCUCGGCACCCUGAGUCCGAUGCAGUCAUGUCAGAGGCCCGCGAGGAGGAUGGCUCUUUUGAUUGAUCCAGGGAUUCAAGUUAUCAGGCGAUAAGGUGGUUGUUAGCUGUCAACCAACAAGAGUAGAAAGGAGACCAUCAUAUGCCUUGUUUGUCAGGUUCCUGUCUUUGAUCGGAGGAGGUUUCUUGCUAGACCAUAGCAUGCUGUUACCAUAGCAUGCUGUUACAUGCUGAAUUAAGUUGUCCUAUGAGGAGACCAAGGGCAUUCGUUGCAUGGGUUCUCAAUGUCUUGUAUAUUGGUUAAACUUGUUUCGUAAUAAGUAUAAUUGUGUACAGUUGGUGUUGUUCGCUCUGCGAAGCUGUGACUUGACCUGCAAUCCUGCAUUGGUAGAUAAAUAUGGGAAGGUAAGGUUUUUGGCAUCA